UUGUGGUGCUUCUAUAAAUACUCACUGAAACCAAUUACUCCACCUACAUCACUAAAUUCUAGUUACAACCAUCCAACCACACCACUCUAACAGAGAAACUGUAACUCUCAAAAAGCCUGACAUGAGGCUCUUCAGUUUCUCUCCCUCAUCUUCAUCUUCUUCUUUUCCCAUUACUUCUUCUUAUAGUAAUUUCAUCUCCCUACUCUUUGUUCUUGUUUUUCUCAUUACUAACUUGCAUUCAGUUAAGUCCGAUUACCAUGACUACAAAGAUGCAUUAUCAAAAUGCAUACUGUUUUUCGAAGGCCAAAGGUCCGGGUUUCUCCCAAACGAUCGACGUCUAAACUGGCGGAUGAAUUCCGGUUUAGGAGACGGUUGGCAGCACAACGUAGAUUUAACCGGUGGGUAUUAUGAUGCAGGAGACAACAUAAAGUUUGGCUUUCCAAUGGCAUUCAGUACUACAUUAUUAUCAUGGAGUGUUAUUGAGUUUGGAGAGUUUAUGCCUCCAAAUGAGUUCAGAAAUGCUUUGGUUGCUAUAAGAUGGGGCACUGAUUAUCUUCUCAAAACAAUUUCACAUCCUAACAAGAUUUUUGUUCAGGUUGGGGAUCCAAUUGCAGACCAUAACUGUUGGGAAAGGCCAGAAGACAUGGACACUGCUCGGACGGUUUAUAGCGUAGAAGCACCGCAAACUGCUUCGGAUGUAGCUGGUGAAACAGCAGCAGCACUUGCAGCGGCAUCCAUUGCGUUUAGAUCAUCUGAUCCAGGUUACUCUGAGGCUUUGAAAAGGAGUUCAAUCAAAGCAUUUGAAUUCGCAGAUAACUAUAAAGGUGCUUAUAGUGAUAAUGACGGUGUUAGAUCCGGUGCAUGCCCUUUCUAUUGUGAUUUUAAUGGAUAUCAGGAUGAAUUAUUAUGGGGGGCAGCAUGGUUAAGAAGAGCCUCACAAAAUGAGUCAUAUCUUGAUUACAUACAGUACAAUGGUAAAACCUUAGGGGCCGAAGACAGUACUAACGAAUUCGGUUGGGAUAAUAAACAUGCCGGCAUUAAUGUGCUCAUUUCCAAGGAAUUCCUUGAAGGAAAAGUGUAUUCGCUCGAAUCGUAUAAAUCAUCUGCAGAUAGUUUCAUGUGUACAUUGAUAAACGAAUCCUCAUCUUCACACAUUGAGUACACUCCUGGUGGCCUCAUAUACAAACCUGGUGGUAGCAACAUGCAACACGUCACCUCUAUCGCUUUCCUCCUCCUAGUUUACGCGAAUUACCUCUCACGGACAUCGCAAACCGUUAACUGUGGGAGCGUCUCUGUUGGCCCCGCUUCUCUCCAUCGACAGGCUAAGCAACAGAUUGAUUACAUAUUAGGAGACAACCCAAUGAAUAUGUCAUACAUGGUAGGAUAUGGAAACAAGUACCCGCAGAGAAUCCACCACCGCGGCUCAUCUUUACCAUCAGUAAAAGACCAUCCUCAAGCAAUUACAUGUAAGGAAGGUUCUGUAUACUACAAUUCAGCAAACCCCAACUCUAAUACCUUAAUUGGAGCGGUGGUAGGCGGUCCAGGAGAAGAUGACAUGUACGAAGACGAUCGAGUAGAUUUUCGAAAAUCUGAACCUACUACAUACAUCAAUGCUCCGUUAGUUGGCGCCUUGGCUUACUUUGUUUCUAACCCAAAUUAACAAAUUAGGAAGAAAGAAAAACACUUGUUGAAGUGCACAUAGGUACAUAGAUAUACAGCAUAUACACCACCUAAUAUAGUUAAUAUUAGUAACUUAUACUAAUUGAUAUUAAGGUGGUAAUAAAUAGGAAAAAUCAGUUAGUGCCUCUCAUCUUGUGGGAAGACAAGGAUAGUAGAGGCUUCUUUUUAUAAUCACAGAAUUUUUGUUUUGGUAAGGUUAUUUCGAUUUUCGGAGUGAAUUUGUAUUUUUGGUUUUUAUUUUGAUUGUUGUACUAGUUUUUCAAGCAAUAUUAUCAAGAGUAAUAAUAUGUCA